AUGUCGACCAUGGAAGAUAUUCAGGGUCCGAAGAUGGAUGUUGAAAGUCAAUUGGAUUCGAGGAUGCAAGAUGCGUCGUUUCCAGCAAUUGAUCCCGAGAUGGAGAGAAGAGUUGUGCGGAAAAUCGAUAGGCACUUGAUGCCUUUAAUCAUUGGGCUAUAUCUCCUAGCAUAUCUUGAUCGUUCGAACAUUGGCAAUGCGAAAAUUGCUGGUAUGAUGGAUGACUUGCAUCUCGAUUCUGAUAGCUACGAAUGGCUCCUCACUAUAUUCUACAUAUCAUACAUUGUAUUCGAGCCAUUGGUGUUAAUGUGGAAAAUUAUCCCACCGCACAUGUGGGGCGCCAUAACAGUAGUGGGAUGGGCAUUAUCAGCAACAUUGCAAACUGUUGCGUUCAACUGGUCUGGAAUGAUGGCUGCCAGGUUUUUCCUAGGAGCUUUCGAGGCUUCCUUUGCACCAGGCAUCACAUUCCUGUUAUCUUUCUUCUAUCUCAGAAAUGAACUCGGACUUCGAUGUGGGUUCUACCUUGGGGCAGCUCCUCUGGCAACAUGUUUUGCUGGUGCUCUAGCUUAUGGUAUUACCUCUGGGCAUUUCGAAAGCAUUGCGGCCUGGCGUGUGCUUUUCCUUGUGGAAGGCUUGCCAGCCAUUCUUGCUGGUGUUCUUACCUGGUUCCUCAUGCCCGAUAGUCCUGAAAAGGCUAAAUUUCUGACCGAAGAGGAAGUACUCAUCGCAAAAGCACGCAAAGUUCGACAGGUAGGCACCACGGAUUCCAAUCGACCACACGGAAUCCAGUGGCACGAAGUGCGUGCCGCGUUUCUUGAUAUCAAGAAUUGGACAACAGCAUUGAUGUAUUUCUCCUGCAACGUAUCAUUUGCAUCUCUCCCAGUGUUCCUACCAACUAUUCUUGCCGCAAUGGGUUUCUCAAGCGUCACUGCGCAAGGACUCUCAGCCCCGCCGUAUUUUCUCGCAUUCCUAGUUGUUAUUCUUACAACAUGGCUUGCAGACAAGUACUCGCAGCGCGGAUACACUAUCCUCAUCCUAUCUCUAAUAGGGGCAACAGGAUAUAUAAUGCUCGCCGUAUCAACCAGCACAGGAGUUCGCUACGCCGGAGUAUUCCUAGCCGCAUCAGGCAUUUUCCCCGCCAUUGGAAAUAUUCUUCCCUGGGUAAUGAACAACCAAGGGAGUGAGAGUAAAAGAGGAACAGGAAUUGCGAUUCUGAAUGUGGUGGGUCAAUGUGGUCCGCUUCUGGGAACGAGAUUAUAUCCCAGUAGUGAAGGACCUUAUUAUAAGAAAGGAAUGUGGGUUUGCGCAGCUUUCAUGCUCUUCAACGGCGCCUUAGCAAUGGCCUUACGUUUUCGACUUGCAUAUGAAAACCGACAGUUGGAUGAAAAGUAUGGCAUCAACGGCGAUAAUGAAAAUGAAAAUGAAGAUGGGAGUUUGAAGGACUCAAAUGCUGGGAGAGAAAAUGACGGGCCAAAUUUUAGAUAUAUUUUAUGA